GGGGCUGCUAUUGCGGGUACUUCAUGGCGCCUUCUGUGUUCAGCAGACAGACGCUGCGUGCGAAGCCAUGCGACUUCUUCGAAAUGCCUGGUGCGGUGGCCGUGGUGGUCCAAGUAUUCACCUUCUCCUCUUCUGUAUCCGCCAAUUAGUACACCGGCAUUGCUACGUAGGAACGGGUGGCAGGACAACGUUGCUGCCUCUUGUUGUUUCUGCUGCUGCAGAGCAAUCACCACCAGCAGCAUCGAUGACAACAGUCGCUGGGUUGGCGUAGUAGCCUGUAUGAGACCGGAUCCACCUGACCCGAAGCCGGUGGAGGAUGACCUUCCAUCUAACCGUGAUCCUUCUCGUCUUCGCCUGGUUCACGUUCUUCUUCGUCUCCUUUGGCUUCCUCCUUGUCUGCUAACUCUUUUCGUCCCCUCCUCUCUUCUCGUUCCUCUGCCGUAGCUACUCUGUCUACGGCACCUUGGCAGCCUUCCUCUGCGCGCGCUCAGUCGUCUUGCUGUCUGCGGUGAAGUUUGGAAACCCGUGCUUCGCCGUCGAGGUUGGGACUGCGGGUCGCGAUUGAUGGCACCCUGUUGAUCCUGGUAAGCAAUGGCGCACAGCGACUAAGGGUCACCGGUGCCGGCCAUCUCUUGUGGAGGGAGAAGAUCGAGUACAUCGCCGUAGAAGUAGUGCUCGGAUCGCAUCUCCCUUACCUCGACCGCCUGCUACGCGAUGAUGAAGGUAGUGUCUCUCGAGCAAGCUGGACGUAUGGAAUUGAGUGGUUGGUUUUGCGCGAAGACGCAAAAGAAGAGGUUAUUGCCUUGUCAUGCUGCGUGGUGUGGUGACGAUCUCGCUGUCUACUUCUACUGCUUUGGCCAACUAUAGGUGCGCGUGCGCGCGUUUGACACGGCGGUUGGUUGACUUCCGGGAUGCGAAGCAGCGUGAAUAUGCUGAGGGGUGAGGGGGAGUGACUUGAACCGAUUAGAAGGGAGAUCCGUCGUAGGAUCGGGGCGUCGUUUCCACCAUUAGGAACGUGUGUGCAUUCCUGCUUCGUCCUUGCUGUCGCAUCGUUCUCGCCUCUCCUUCCCUCUCGCGCUUGGUUUCCUAGCGCCUUCCACCCUUCCAUUUCGAGUUGUCCUUGUUCCCAGCUGCUAAUCUUAGCAGGAUAGCCAGGACGUCGAGCAAGCUUGCGGUUGCUUGCUCACUGUCGUGAUGUCCUUAAAAAAAAAGGUUUUUGUCGGGACGAGAUUGGUUCGUAUCGACGCGAGUCGUAGCUAUAGGAAGUAAGGAGAGGAGGACGUCCUCUGUUAUCGCCAUAUUCAGCGCCUUCUUGAAACGGUCAUCGAGGGCAGAUCUGAGAGGAGAAGGCGUGACAAGAUCGCCUGUGUGUAUGGUCGGGACUUUGGUCUACGCUGGCGUUGCAUGCCUUCCCAAGAUACGUGCUUCAAGGGGGACUGGACAAAUGCCGAAGCCCCGUGGACUAGCACAUCGGUCCAGGAGUUUAACUCUGCAGGAGUUGAGCGAGCAUUUCCACUUGCCUAUCAACGACGUCGCGCGGAAGCUGGGCUUGUGUGUGACAGUGCUGAAGCAGCGAUGCAGGGAGCAUGGAAUUACAAGAUGGCCUUAUCGCAAGGUCCGCAAACUGGAUAACAUGAUCUGCGCACUUGAAACAAACAGCAGCGGUUGUGGAGGUGGUAAUUCUGAUAGUGAAGAAGAGAAAAGGAAGCAGCUGGAGACUGUGAAGGAAACUCGCUCCUAUCUGCUGGCCAACCCAAACUCAUCUGCGCAUUUACGGCUUGGAAAGGUGAAAUAUCUAUGCAAGAAAUCAGCAGGUGUGAAGGAGGAUGGUCAACAUCGGGACCAGCUUAAUCAAGGCGAGGAGAUAAAUGACGUGGUAUCUGACAAAACAACAGGGGGCUGCUCUUAUAAACUGUUGCCAUCUUAUUGCCAUCCGGGAAAGCCAGAUGGCCCUGAGAAGACUGCCAAGCGCGCUCGUACAAGUGUAGGCAGCAGUGUCACUGAUGUGAGUGCUGCUUCUGCACAACGAGCCGGGUUCUUGUCAGGUGCUGAUGAAGAAGUGCCACCUAGUGCAACGUUUAUGCCUGCCGCAAUGUCGAUGGUGAUGUCCUCCGAAUGCCCUGUUAGAGAGCGGGACAUACACUCGGGGUGUGUAGAGCGUGUCAUGCAGGGCACCAUUUCCGGUGCAAAAGACAGGAGUGAGAGCAGUGGUUGCAGUCUGAAUGGCCCAAUGACUGAGCUGGCACUUUCUCAGGGCUCUGGUGUUGAUGAUGAAACUGAUAUCCAUCUGGGAAUGUCGCCCACUGCGAAAGUUAGGACUAGAUUCCACCACACCACUACAACCACUACAGGAAGUUCCCUAAGCCCGGUAUCUCCGUCCAGCGAAGGAAGUAAAGAAGCGGCAAGAUUAGAGAUGACAGGAGCAUGCUUGCGACCAGCAUGUAAUUCCAGCAACGGGUUCAACCAUCAUCCACAAAAUAAGUGUGUGGCUCCUGCGAUCGGGAUUGGGAGCAUUUCGACACCGAAUGUGCGCUGUGGUGGCGCUUAUGCAGGCCCAGUUGCUGGGCCUGGCUUCAUCAGCAGUGGUAGGCUGUCUGCAUUUCGCCCCUUGGGCAAAACAACGGCAUUGAUGUACAGCAACUCGAGUCAGAAUGGAGAUGGACAAUCUCCAGUCAAAGUCUCAUUGGCAUCCGACAGAGGUGUGGUGAAUGAUAUGGAUAAGGUGUCAGGUGUGAUGUGCUCCAACCAGCAAAGGCAAGCUUGCUCAGGAAAUUCUGUGUCCACCAGCCUUGGGACAUGUGUGGUGGGAGAUUCGGUCAAGCUGACACUGGCCACAGGAGUCCGAGGGGACUCGUCUUCACCCCCUCCAUCCCCCAAGCAAGGUUCACUUGGACAGUCAGGAUGCACAUCAGGAUCCGAUCAGCCUGAGCAUGAUGCGAAACCACUUCUGUGCAAGAUUGAUACAAAGGCUUCCGGUUCCCUUUGCUCUGAGGCCAACUCAGAAGAGCGGGAUAUGGUCCAGGAGGGAUUCUGUUGUCUUCCUGUUAUCUCCCUAUCCCUCAAAUCUAUUUCCGAUGAUGUCCACCCUCGUUGUGGGGAUCCGGUGAAGCAUCGGGAGCCUAUAGAGCAGGUGAAGAAGGGUACCUCUCAAGGAAACCGUAACCUUUUCAUGCUCACUUCCUCGACCAUCAGCGAGGAGCAACUGGAACAUUGUGAUCACCCCUCGUUCUGCAAUCGGGCCACAUGUGUGAUUGCUGAGGAAUCUCAUCACGAAGGUAGUGAGGAUAUGUUGGAGAAAACAGAUACUGUGGGUACGGGAGAGGGGGCAGCCACUUGCAAGGUGGAGGAUGGAGAAUUGAGCCUGCAGGCAGACUAUUGCAUCAAACAGCCUGGGUCUGCAAAAAGUGUGUCAUCCAGUCCUGUGUCCUUUGCAGUGGCCCACUGGCCGUGUGCUGUAUUGGCUGAUGAGGAGCAUGAUGAGUCUGCACUGCAGAGGGUUGAAAUCGUCCCUUUGAGUUCAAAUGCAGGAAUGUCAAGUCGAAUACAGCCAGUGAUUAUAGAUGCAAACACAUGCUUGACGAUGAGCACUUGCAGCGCUACGGCUGCCCGGGACACAAGUCCGAACUCCGACAAGCACAGCCAUCCUCCUGCGCCCAGACCUCUGGCACCGUCACCAACAGCCCCGCCUUUGCCAUGUGACAUUUCGCAGUCAUCUGGGCCACUGUCUGCGAUGUCGUUAGCAACGCAGCACUGGCUAAGUCCACUCCUGUUCCCAAGUUCUGGUCCAUCUGGUGGCACCUCGGCUGCAGCAGUGCAACUUUCGUCAUCACUGCUGAAUCCUUUGGUGCUCGGAAUGGCCCCAUCGGUAGCUCCUAUCGGCAGUGUUCUGUGCACCAAUAACAUGGGAGGAGGGACAAACCCCUUUGGGUGGGCUGGCGUCUCGAGAAUGAUGCCGUGGGCCUUGGGCCUUCAUGAAAUGAUCGGAGGCAUGGCUGGGCUGGUUGCAGCAACUUCCUCCAUAAGGCGUGCUGCCAUUGAAGCUGGGGGCUGGGGAAGUACAGCAGCUGGAGAAUCCUGCAGUGCCUGGAAAGCCUCGGACGACUCAGGUAAUCAUUCUGUGUCCUCGAGCUCGGUUGAUUGUAAUUCUUCAUUAUCCAUGGCAGGCCUCGCCGUCAAAAGAUUUUGAGAGAAGAGACAUUUUGUGUUGGGCUGAGGCUGCAUUCGACAACUAAUGUACUUCUUGGUUUUUGUUGACUGGUGCUUUCCACUUGUACAGUACACUUGAGUAUUUUUCUUUACGAAAUGUCACGCAAUGAAGGUGGCAGGAGUAUAAAGGGAUGGUUGCCUACGGGAGCCGAGGGCAGUAGGGGACCGAAGGGCUGACGACUGAUGGCUUCAAAGAGUGACGGACAAACAGACAAUGUGGAACAGGGUCAGACAAUCAGGUUUGGUGCAGGGAAUUAGUUAAACAAGGGGUUUUCCAUAUAGCCGGGCUUUAUGUGUGUCGAGGAACACAAUCCACAGCCUGGUUAUGCGAAGUGCAAUAUUUCUUUGGUGUAGAGCUAUGGGAGUGUGGCUUUAGGGACUUGUGUGACAGCCAUGCUGGCAGGCUCUUCUGUAGACAUGGAUAGUGUUAUGUGAGUUGGUGCUUUGCAGAUAUCGUUUGCCUGACUAACCGUAACUCUAUGUUCGCUUUAGAAGGGAAAAAGUUGCUCGCUUUCUGGGGUGGGGGCAAUUCUGUUUCUACUUAUGAACUCACAUUUACCAUGGUCAGUUACAGAGUUCUCUGCGGAAAAUUUCUGUCCAGAAACUGACCGCAGUCUUACGAUUGUAUAAGAUACUGUGUAUCAUCAGAAGGAAGGGAAUGCAGUCUUCUAGGAUAAGCUGUAAUGCAUGCUCAAGGUUAGUUUCACCGAGAGAGCAAGUGAAUUCGCGACUGGAAAACGAGCAAUGUCGUGGCGUUAUGUACUAAAUGGAGGAGACGGGGAUGAUGACAAUCCCGCAUUGAGUUAGUGUAUGGGGGUAUGCAGCGCGUGAAAUAGUCUGCGAACAGCGCAGAGGGGAUAGGUGAUCCCAGUGACAGUUGUGAUGUGUUCACAGAUAUGAAGGUUGUCAGCUACGUGCAGGAGCUGCGUACAAGUUUUUGUUUAGAAUUGGGGAGAUUGUACUUGCGCUAUAGAAGGAAUGAGGCUGUAUGCCAGGUGCUGACUGCAUUGAUCGAUCCGUUGAGAUUAUGGAUGAGCAUUUUACUCUGCCUUCGCUUCCUCCCGUUUAUCUUUACUCCUAGACUAGAUCACGGGGGGAUGUUGUCUAUCAAUGCCCCAGUUUUGCAGUUCGGCAUAGCCCUUUCGGUCCAUGUAGUUUUAUAUUGCAGGCGAAUGAUAUGGCAGUUUAGGCCCAGUGAUACUCUGGUCAUGGACGACCAUCUGUGUGUGACAUUAUUUUUUGACAGUAGAUCACUUUUUCUGAGGGUAACUUGUCAAUGACGAUGACAUUGUCACUCUCGCUGCUCGUUCAUUGGCACUGUGUAGGUUUAUUUAUUGCUCUGGUUGUGUGUGGAAGUUUUGAUCAUGGAUCGUUUCAUUCAGGGUAUAUCAGGCAGGAUCUUGUGGUUGGUGCUUGCCUUCAACUUCGAGUUUCGUGUAUUUCAUCUUGUUCUUUGGUUUUCCUCUUUUGUCCCUGCUCUUUCUCUUUUGGUCACUUUCUGUCAGGGUCGAUUACUAAAAACCCUUGUAAAUAUGGAAAACGUUUUUCAAAACUUCAAAACUUCCUAUUGCUUAAUGCAGAAAUGUAAUAAGUUUGUGCCACUUUGUGGUAUAUCCGCACAGCUUUGAUA